CGGCAGAGGGGAGAGAGAGAAUGCGGCAGGAGGAGGGAGCAGACCGUCAGUGGCCGGCUCUGGGAGGGAGAAAUACGCGCCGACUCUCGUCUCUUUUGUUUUCCGGCUUCUGCCUGCUUCACUUUCUUCUGUGUCAUCUUCUCCAUCCCUCUGCAGCUCUUUGCACUCGUCCCCUCCGUCCUUCAUUCUCUCCCUGCUUCCUUCGGCUCCCUGUCCUACAUCCAGACUCGCUGCUAUCCGAGUACGUCCUGCUCCUCUUCCUCACCCAUGGCUCCCUGACAGCGAGCAUCUCCGUCUGUCGUCUCUUUGUCGCCAAGUCUCUUUGCACUCUUCCGUCCGCCGUCCGUCCCUGCGAGGUGCCGCCAUGCCCGUCCUAGAGGGGCUCUGGGGCCCUGAUCUCGGCAUGCGGGAUUCCGGUCUCGGGGUCUGCCCGGACGAGGCGCCGCGCUCGCCGGUGUGGGGUCCUCUCAGGACGCCCCCCGUCACUUGCGGCGGGCUGUCGCUGGCUCUGGAGCUCCCGGCUCUCAUACGGCAGCUCAGGGCGGCCUGGAGAGCCCGCCGGGGGGGGCCCCGGGGGUCAGAGAGGAGCCAGGGGAGCUCUUGGGUGGAAGCCGAGGAAGAGGAGGAGGUAGAGGAGGUGAAGGAGGACUUAGAGAGCAGGACUGCACAUCUGGAAGCUGAUGGCAGACUGAACACUGGUCAUGCUGGUGUGCUGCUGGCUGGAAGACGAGGAUCCUACCCGCUGAUUGACCUGCGCAUCCUCAAAACUAGCGCCCAGCAGGGGGGGGUAGAGUCCGGCACCAGGAGGAAGGUGAAGCGCCUGCUGAGCUUCCAGAGAUACUGCCACGACUCCCGGCUGCUGAGGGGCUUGGUUCCCUGCGCCCCCGGAUCCCUCCACUUCCUGGACGAUGACUACCUGGGACAGGCAGCUCACAUGCUAUCAAAAGUAGGCACAUGGAACUUUGACAUUUUCCUCUUUGACCGUCUUACAAAUGGUAACAGCCUGGUGACGCUGAUGUGCCACCUCUUCAAUGUCUACGAUCUGGUGCACCACUUCCAGCUGGACAUGGUCAAGCUGCACAGGUUUCUAGGCAUGGUGCAGGAGGACUACCACUCCCACAAUCCCUAUCACAAUGCUGUUCAUGCUGCGGACGUCACUCAAGCCAUGUACUGCUACCUGAAGGAACCCAGGCUGGCCGAGCAGCUGAGUCCUCUGGACGUCUUCCUGGGCCUGAUGGCGGCUGCUGCUCACGACGUGGAUCAUCCCGGAGUCAACCAGCCGUUCCUGAUCAAGACCAAGCAUCACCUGGCGUCGCUCUACCAGAACACGUCGGUGCUGGAGAGUCACCACUGGAGAUCCACUGUCGGCAUGCUGAGAGAGUCGGGACUGCUGUCCCACCUGCCUGCAGACAUGUCGCAGGAUAUCGAGCAGCAGCUGGGCUCCCUCAUCCUGGCCACAGACAUCAGCAGGCAGAACGAGUUCCUGCUGACCUUCAGAGAGCAUCUCGAUAACCAGGACCUGGACCUUCAGCUGGCUUCGCACAGACACUUCAUACUGCAGAUUGCACUCAAGUGUGCAGAUGUGUGUAACCCAUGUCGGGUUUGGGAGCUGAGCAGGCAGUGGAGCGAGAGGGUGUGUGAGGAGUUCUACAGGCAGGGCGACCUGGAGAGGCAGUUCGACCUGGAGAUCAGUCCAUUGUGUAACCAGCAGGCGGACUCGGUCCCAGCCGUCCAGAUCGGGUUCAUCUCCUACAUUGCGGAGCCCCUGUUUGAGGAGUGGCAGCGCUUCACCGAGCCCAGCGCGCUCAGCCGAACUAUGCUGGGCCACCUGCACAAGAACAAGGCCUGCUGGAGCAGCAGACGGUGCGCGCCCUCGUCUCCGGGCACGCGCACCGACUCCCCCGACGAGGAGCCCGGGCCUGAGGCGGGAGACGAGGAGGGAGAAGACACCCCUUAGUCUGCCCCCUCGCUCUUCGAGGGUGUCUCAUCUUCCUUUACAAAUGGAGGAGAGGGAGCGUUUAUCCGACUCCUCGCACGUCCUCUGGCAGAUUCCCUCCCACGGGCUCUGGAAGUGGGAGGUUUGGCCUGGAUACAUGGGAAAUAGCUCCCUCUACUGGAGCAGAGGAGACUGUAGCACUGCAGGAGACGUGAAUGAGAUUCCUGGACAAAGAGAUGGAUUUACCUUUGUGGAUGGUUGUGCUUGGAACAAACCGAGAACAUCAGGCAUUGAAUUGGUUGCUGGCAGGAGAUUGAUUAACGAAGAGGAACGCACAACGCUGCUACAGCAACGAAGAGCGACAAAGCCAAAAUUUUACAAACGUCAGCCGGACUUUGUAGGAGACGACAAAAUACAGUAUUUGAAAGAUUAAAUAUGAAAUAUAUCAACUAUAACUACACUUUUUCGAAACGAUUACUUAUUAAGCUCUUUUCACGUCGUCUGUUUUUUUUUUUUUUUUUUUUUGUACUGCCUGCACUUCUACUGGAUGCUUUUUAUUACGAGCGUCUCACUUUGUCCACACUUUUCACUGAAGUGCGUUUUUAUCUUGAAGCACCACGUUCGUAUAUGUCAAGGUACUGUAAACUGUAACAUGUAUUCUGUUUUUCUGAAGAAAAAACAAAAACACAGCCUUUGUUUUUUUUUAACAGUGUUUCUUAUUUUAUCAGUGUAAUCUGUACAAAACUGCACUUCGCAGGCCAAAAUCUCAGCAAUGUAUUCUUCUUUUUAUGGGCUGUGCUCAGUGAGACAAACAUCUCUACUCACUCUGGUGUAAUCUUUGUAACAACCUUUUUUUUUUUUUUUUUUUUUUUUUUCAUUUUACAAACUCACACACAGCAAAGCCUUAACUGUUCUGAAACAUGUUUUCUAAUGGUGUUUUAUCAUUUUCCGGACAAAACUUUCUUACUCUUUCCAACUGUUCACAGACAGUUUCUGCCAAUAUUUCUUUUUUUUUUUUUUUUCCUCUUUCUUUCUGACCAUACCAGCAGUUUCAAACAUUCACACGGUACUGCAGCUGCCGUUCUGUAACUACAAAUUAUUCAUAUCAUGCAGUGACUCAGUGAAUUCAGUCCUAAAACGACGAGUAUCUCAUUUGUAUAUACUAUUCAGUCCAAGUUAGAGCUGUAACCGCUGUGUACCAGUAUUUUGUUCGCCACUCUGCUUCCGUCCUGUAUAGUUAAGGUUGUCACUUUCACUCCUCGCCACUGUGUGCACAGUGUUUACAGCUUCCCCCGAGCUGUAAAAGAGCUUUACGAUUCAGUAGAUCCAGCCAACACGAGUUAGAUCCUGUACACACUGUAUUGUAUGAGGUAAUCAAAUAUUGACAACUUGUACGUAGUCUAAUAUUAAUAGCUAUUAUAAAAAUGGUGAUUCUCCACCAGUCUUUUUUUUUUCUUUCUCUCUAAAGUCACACUGUGACUGCGAUAAAUGCCUUUUGUUUGAGGUGCAGUGCAAUAAAGACGAAGGUGGUUUGUCCGCGGGUAUUUAAAAAGUAGCCGUAUUUAUACACUGAUUUUAUAGCUCUACUGAUAAGUACACUGUUCGCAUCUUCAUCGUCGCACUGCAUCGGCUUUGCUGGGAUCAUCACUGUAUGUAAGUCACACUGUUGUCACUUUUUCGAUGUUGCUGCUGUUACAAGGAAUGAAAACGGUCUCUGAAAAGCCCCCGCUACCGCUGACGGACUUGACUUCCUCUCUUCAUUGAUUACCAGAACUUUUUGCAAAAAAAAAUUCAGAUGAAAUCAUCCUUGUUCGGAUAUUUUCUUUAGGGGGUUCAAAUAUUCAUCCUGAAGACGCCACGUUCUGAAGACGCUACUUUAAAAAGUGUAGCGUUUUAUUGGGUUUCACUGCCAUAGUGUAGACCUGGUCCAGACAGCAGGCCUCAGGCUGCCUUGUAUUCCGAUACCUCUCCGAUUUAGCACUGAUACAGGGUAACCGAGCCAUACAGGUUUUACAAAUAUGCUGUGUCUAUACGCCAGAGGAAUUAUUAUAUCAACUCUUUAUUUACAGAAGUUAUUCGAGAAGAAAUUUCUAAAAGAGAUUAUCAUUCCCAUGAUGCCAUCUUUUGAGAAACAUGGGAAAUGAGCGGGUAGUGGCAGAAAUAACACUCUCUCUGUGAUGCAUUGAAGUGUUUUUUUGCUUUUGUUAAGUUCAAAUUCAGAAAGAGCAAUAAGAAAUGUACUUUUUCCUGCUUAAAGACUCGGUUCAUUUCCACUCCACAUUCAGUUGUGUAGCUUGAUAAAGACUUUCUGACGUUGGCCCGUCAGGCAGCCGCCGGACGGUUUCUAAUGAAUGUUAAUGAAAUGCUGCAAUGUUUCAACUUCUUUUAGGUUUUCUUGUUCACACGAUUCUAUUUUUUUUUUUCCAUUUUUGUAAUUUUUCACUGAAUCAGUUAAAGGUUUUUUUGCUCAGUUGCCAAGAAAUUGUUAUGUUAGAUCUUAGAUACAUAUUUCUUUAAACAGAGUGCUCUCUUCAGCUCAGUGAAUGGAUUUGAUCGUCACCCCGGGUCGCCUGAAUCGGGGGCGAACCACAAAACGCAGAGUUGUGCAUGAAGGGAUCCAGACGAGACUUUGUGUUACAGCGGCGUUUCAGUGUGUCGUUCGACUCCUCGGCUGUACGUGUGUGUGUGUGUGUUCUGACGACCGCCCUCUGAGCACUGUGA